GUUUAACACCUGCCAUGAUUCAUGUCUAACUGCAAAAGAAUGGGUUCUAAAUUUUUAUUAAUUUAAAUGGUUAAUAUACUAACUCAGAAAUUAUAUUGUGUUGAAGUGAUAUGGUUACUGCCAGUAAAUAUCUACUGUCCAUGUGAAGUUGGCUGCUCCAACAAAAUGCUGAAAGGCAUAAACAGCAGUCCCUUUUCACCCCAUUAACCCAAAUGAAGAUUAAUAGUUCUAUUUUGGGAACAGUCAGUUGGUGCUGGAGAAGAGAGAUAUGAGGAAAUGCAGACCACAGUUUGCUUUCAUAUUCAAAACAGUACAAACAACUCGUGUGUGUUAUUUAUAUAUAUAUAUAGAGAGAGAGAGAGCCCUGGGUGCCUCAUUGUCAGUGAUGUGACUGUCCUCUACACCAUUAAAAUGUGUCUAGAAUUUCCCCAGUUGCCGGGUAUGCAGAGAGAGUGGGUUCCCUGGAAACCAGCCGCCUCUGCAACGCCGCAUUACUGCAGUUCCUCCCCCUGUGACAUCACAGCCUGCUGAGCCUGCAGGGGGCGUGUCUUCCAGGCUCUGUACAAACCUGUCCAGUCUGGUGCAGGAAGAGUGUGAGAGGCAGUAUGUUGAGGAGUGAGUGUUUUUGCAUAAUAAGAGUGCUGACUCUGCUCCAUUAAAGAGAGGGCAAACAUGGGGAACACACAGAAGAAGAGCCCUGGAAGAGGAGAAGAAGGAAGCCCACACUCCAAGCCUGGGACUCCGGGGUCAAGCAAGAGUUCAGCUAGCUCCAGGUCCCAGGAGUCGCAGGGGAAGAAACCUCUAGCAAACGGCUCUCACUCAGCUGAAGAGAACCGGGCGGGGGAGGAUAGCCAAAGCUGUGGCCCAGGCGGGUGUGGAGCAGGGGGGGAGGGGGUGAAUCUAGAUGCCCCAGCUGGGGCCCUUCCACCUCCACUUGCCCGUUUUAAAAACGAGGGCAACAUGCUCUUCAAAAACGGACAGUUCGGAGAGGCGCUGGAGAAGUACACGCAGGCUAUAGACGGCUGCAAACAAGCAGGAAUCGACAGUCCUGAGGAUCUUUGUAUCUUGUACUCAAACAGAGCUGCCUGUUACCUGAAAGACGGAAACAGUGCAGACUGCAUUCAGGAUUGCACCAGUGCGCUGGAGCUCCGCCCCUUCUCCUUGAAGCCCCUCCUCCGCAGGGCUAUGGCGUAUGAGUCUCUGGAGCGCUACAGGAAAGCCUACGUGGACUACAAGAUUGUCCUCCAGGUUGAUGUCAGCGUGCAGGCGGCUCAGGAUAGUGUGCACAGGAUCACGAAGCUGCUUAUUGAGCAGGAUGGUACGGACUGGCGGGAGAAGCUUCCGGAGAUCCCCAUGGUCCCACUGUCUGCACAGCAGCACAGCAAAGAGGAGCCAGCCAGAGUGGAACAGGAGAAGGCCAGGCAGGCCGAAGCACAUUUCACCCUGCUGAAGCACGAAGGUAAUGACCUGGUGAAGAAGGCGCAGUAUCACAGCGCAUGCGAAAAGUACACCGACUGCCUGGCUCUCAAGCCUGGCGAGUGCUCCAUUUACACAAACAGAGCCUUGUGUUACCUGAAACUUGAUUGCUUCGAAGAAGCAAAGCAAGACUGUAACUCUGCACUUCAGAUCGACCCAGUCAAUAAGAAAGCAUUUUACAGACGUGCACUGGCCCAUAAAGGUCUAAAGGACUACCUGUCAUCUAGUGCUGACCUGCAAGAGGUUCUGCAACUGGACCCAAAUGUGCAGGAGGCAGAGAAGGAGUUGGAGGAGGUGACAGCUCUGCUAAAGGAAAGUCUGCUGCAGACUCAUGGCUGAUGAUCUUGGCAGCAGAUGAAAACAGGAGCACAGAACUCUUUGGAAGCAGCAGGCGGAGUCAGUCAAUCCACCAAUAGCAGCAGAGGGGCAGGGGUAACCAGACCCAGAGAGAGAGAGAGCACGAGAGACUGGGACAGAAUGACUGCCUAAACUUAAGAGGAAUAUUUCAUUUGCAAAAAGCACGUUUAUCAUUCUUGUAGGGAGGAGGGAAGAAAGGAGCAUCGCUACACUCCGUGAUUCUCAGCAAGCAGCUGGUGAAAGUACCCCACCCCUGCCUGCACAGUUCACCAGCUGGAUUCUCCAAAAGAUCCCACACAACGUAGAAGCAUGUUAUUUUGGACACCUACUGACUCCAGCUUUGAACAACUAUUAACUAAAAUGUCAAGCUGAAGCUUCUUUUUGGAAUAUGGUGGAAUGUAAUUUGGUAUGAGGGACACAUCCCCCAACAUGUGUUUAAGAUGUGCCUUUAUUUGGAAUUACUGCAAGCCCUGUCUCUCAAAGUAACAAGCUAUCAUUUUAUUCAACCCUUCCAACUCCAGUUCACAUUACUGGCAUCACGUUUUGUUUAAUCUAAAAUAAUACUUUGCAUCUGCAGGUAGUUCCUAAAGCAACCAGGCUAUAGAAAGUGGUCACCUGCAAAAUGGCAAAAAGUAAAAAGGGGGCAAGAGGGAAAUCCAGGUUUUAAUAGAUAUGAAGAAAUGUUGAAUGACCGUUACCUUUUAGGAAGUCUAGCAAGGGCAAAAUAAAGGUUUCUAAAAACAAAAAGCACUGGUAUCCAGAGUGUCACCUUCUUGGUGCAGGACGGGACAAGUUCUCCCCCACCGUUGACCUAAAUUUUAAGUGAAUCACAGACAGUAACAGCUGUAACCUUAGAGCAGAGCGCUUCUGCUUAGAUCCUCAAAUCUGGUGUCUGGGUUUUAAUUUUUCCAGGCAUGGUUGGUUAACUGGACAGUGAGUGCCUGGUCACACCUACCAGCUGGGGGAAAACCUUGACACCUGCACGCUUUCAGGGAUAUAAAUAAAGCAACAGUGAUAAAUCCAGUUUUUGAUUUUUGGAUUUGAAGACUGGGGUAAAAACACCUCUGCCUCAGCAGUGCUGUGUGUUUAGUGAAGAAAGUAAAUUACACAUUUGAUAUCUUUGAUUAGAUUUUAAUAAACAAAUAUACUUUUUCCCCCCUUAUGAUCCAACAACACAAAUACCUAGAUCUUUAUUUUAAUUUAGAUAUGCAUUAAAUUGCAUAUUAUAAAGCCAAUUAUUAUGAAACAUAAUAUACAAAUACCAUAAGCUGUGAACAAUUAGAAAUUAGAUGUGGCACUAGUCUCCAAAUAACCUCACACAGAAGUGAGCUAAAAGAAGGGUUUCAUGCAGGGGGGACGUGCAGCUUGUGCCCAAGAACCAGUCCAGUGAUUACUGAGCAGCACCAUGAUUGCAGGCCCAGCUGUACAGCAGUGACCAGUGCCAAGUCUUGUUCAGGCUCCUAGGUCUCUGUGGUGCACCAGAUGCAGGCACAUGCGCUGUAUGCAGCGCACAGAUUGCUCUGUGUGUGUUGUUUUGCAGGCGUAGUGUUCCAGCCCUCAGAGAGAUUAGGUCUAAAGUCACCAAUACAGUUGGUCUGAGCUGGCAGCCUCAGUGCUGGCUUUGGUAGAUGGCUUCUAUAGGCUCUCCAACAAUGAUGUCUACCACAGACAGACAAACAAAUGAACAAUCACAGCUGAUGGCAGAAUGACAUUCAUUUCAUUCGGUUGUUUUAACUUUUUUUUUUUUUUUUUUUUUAUUCUUAGACACAGAAUGGAGGAACAGAAAGUAAACCAGAUUUUUUCAGUUUUUUCCCCCCAAAGGCACCAUGAGUGAACAAAGUACAAAAAGAAAUACCAAGAAAUUAAUCUUGGUGUUUGAAACAACCUGAAUGCAUUGUUGUGAUUACCAUCAUAGCCUUUAAGGUGAUGUCAUGACUCGGUUACAUGGAUUAAAGUGAAUCUAUCCUUUUGA